GUCAUGGCAGCUUGGCUCACAGCUGAAUACCUGGAAGCGGCACUGCGUCGGUAUUACCAGAACAACGAACUUCGAGUGGAAUCGAUGGUUAUAAAUCCCGCUUUAGGGAAAGGAGAAAACUAUGGUGCUAUCCUAACACGCAUACACCUUGUGUACAGCAGCAUAGUCGAGGAACAUCUGAUUGCCAAGACUGUUCUAGAGUAUGAAGACGCGGAGACGAAAAUGAAGAAAGCCCCAUAUGAUAUUUACAAUCGGGAACUGGAGAUUUACGAGCAAGUGUUACCAAAAUUGCAGGAACUAGCCGGCGAGCAACUAUGUCCUAAAAUACUACACAUCGAUCGUCAAAGAGGAGCACUCAUAAUGGAAGAUCUGAGCUACAAGGGAUUUGUGAUGGCCCCGAGACUUCAGAGAUUGGAUGAGCAGCAUGUGAGUUUGGUUCUUAGGAAGUUGGCCAAAAUGCAGGCAGCAUCAGCGGUUUUGGAGAACAAUCUUUUGGAAAAUAACUUCUCUCUCACUGAAUACGAUAAAGGCUUCUUCAAUAGGUAUACAGAAAGCUUUAGUGCCUACUUUCUGGGCUGCCUCAAGUCCUGUGCCAAUUACCUUAAAACUCAGGCGGGUUAUGAACACCACGCAAAACUAUUAGACGAACUGGCUCCCUAUUAUAUGGGACUAGGACUCCGCUGUUUUAAGCAAGAGCAAACGCACAUUAAUGUCCUUACCCACGGCGACUUGUGGACAAACAACAUGAUGUUCAAAUACGAGGCGGGCGUGCCGAGCGAUGUCCUUCUGAUUGACUUUCAGUACGCCUUCUGGGGUUCGCCCACCCUGGACAUCCAUCAUCUGCUCAACACGUCGGCUGUGGAGCAAGUGCGGAGUGAGCUGCAAAUGAAGAUGAGAGGUGUCUAUCACGAUGUCUUCGUGGGGGAGCUGCAGAGACUUGGCUUCAAAGGUCAAAGGUUGCCCAGUCGAAAGCAGUUUCACCUGGAGUCAGAGCAAAAACGAUUUUACGCCGUUCAUUGUGGCCUGCUGCUGCUACCUGUGCUGCUAAACACCGAUGAAACUGAUGCGGAUUUCGCCGCCCUACUUUCGGAUCAGCCGCGUGGAAUGGAUAUGAAAAGGCGGCUGUAUCUCAACCCUGGCAUCCAGGACUCUAUUAAGCAAAUGGUGAAGCAUUUCGAGCUGGAAGGGCUCCUGGAUCCGUGGCAAUACGAAGGCCUCUGAAGCUGGUGGAAGCGGAUUUUCCGCUUUUUUCAUAAACUCCCCCAUUAGACAUUUCAAUUAGACGAGCUAAUAAACAUAAAACAUGGCAGCCACAGCCGCAGGCAUUUUAAAGCC